UUUCUUUUAGACGUUUAACAUAAUUCAGAUGUGUCUGUCCUUAUUACCAUGAACAGUCUGCCUCACACAGAUUAUCACCAUAGUAACAUUUUACCUGGAAGGAAAAGCAACCUUCGGCUCAAUGACCAGAUCAUCCCCAAGCCAACAGAUAUCAACAUGGGAGAGAAAAUCCUAAAGGUACCAACUCCAAAAGAACAUCCAUAUGCAUCACACAUCCCCCGGUAUUCACUGUUCCCCUCUUAUGGCUCUUCUGCUGGUUCUAUUAAAGAAGAGCAACGUGACAUCCACUCCACUGUGCCAAACAGUGCACCAGAUGUGACACUACUGAGCAAGACUAAAGGUAAUGCAUACAGACAUGAGUUAUUAAAGCCCCCAUCCAAAAAAGCAGUUACAUGGGCUGAAGAGGAUACUGGCUUCUUUGAGUACCCAAAGCCUAUCAAAGGUGAAAGCCAGGUCUUCUACCCGACACCAACUAAACUCAUGAACCCAAAACCAAAACAUGAUCUGCUGCCGAUAACUGACAAAACAAGCAAGAUACUGACAAAUCUGGAGCAGACACACUGGCUCACCUCCUACCAGAUGCACUACUCAGGUUAUGAAAAAGGAAACUUGAAGAUGGACUACAGACAAAAACACACCAGGCAAAGAAAUUCAUACACUGCUCCACAGAGGGUCAAACCCACUGACUUUCUGUCCUCUACACUUACGGAUGACUCUAGUAGAAUUAAUGAUGUAAGCACAGGAAUGAUAGGUCCCACUGCUCCUCUCCCAGCCACGUAUCAACCACCACUCCACAGAGCUGCUUCGGCUGCUACAUUGCCAUGGAAACCCCAGGAGAGCUCCGUGAACUGUAACGAAGCACCAGAGUCAAAUCAAAGGGGUCACAGUCUGCCAGAGCACAGCGGUGGCUUGGCACAUGCUCACAGCAAUGACCUGUCCCAUGGAGCUUCACUCAGACAGCGCAGGGGGUUGGAGAGUGAAGAAAAUGGCACCCAAACACACCCAUGCAGACAAGAGACCAGUCACAACAGAGGCACUGAGAGACCUUUGCUAGAUGGGAACCUAAAUUUGAAUAGUUUAAGUAAAGAUGUUGGAAAUCUUCACCCCAAUGACGUAAUGCGAUUGAAUUCUUGUGCAUUCCCAAGACCUCCUGUCUUGCCUCGUAUUCAGCCACUGUCUAGAGAACGUCUCAGAGAGCUCCAGGAUUCCUACAGCAAGACUCAGGUCCAUCACAGGUUUAACCACUCUAUCCCACAUACCCCAGUCAAUCUGAGGGACAACAUCUGCACAGGGAGGAGGCACAACUUCUAUGGAGUCAAUGCAUUCUACCUUCAUGGAUAGUCAUGUUGUUCACUUGUGGAGAAGAAUUAAUGAAGUCAGUAUUACAUUUUUAUUUACUGGUAUGUUGUUUUAAAUGUGUUGAUAAAAGUAUUCAGACCAUGAUUUCAGUAGAUGUGAAUAAAGUUGUUUCUAGAUGAUGGGACACGUGCAUGCUUUCUUUAGGAUAUAUUUAGCUAUAAAUAAUCUUUUGAUUUGUCUGCAAAAAAGCUUUUUACAACACCAUCAAGUUUCAUCGUGUAGGUCUCGCUCUUCUCAUGGUAUUUCAUGAAGAGGCCCUGUCAUAAGGAUUUGUGGAUUACACAUAUUUUGAUUUUGAUAGGCCUACUAUAAAAGAGAUGUGGCCAAUGCUGACAAUUUAUGUCAAAGAUUUUACGGUUGGGUGCGCCCUCUAGAGGGAGAAUUGAGACUUUUACUGCAUUCUGUCUCAUUUUGCUUUUAGGAAAGAUUUAAUACUAACUUUUAGACUUUUAUUUUAUUUAUAUUUGCAACUAUUUGAGGUUUUGAUGGGUAGAAGGGUAAACACAAAAUUCCAUGUAGGCUGAUAGACACAACAUACUGAGGCAAUAUUAAAGGGCUCAUGUUACUUUCUGAUCUAUAGUAAAUGUUAUAAUAAUAAUGUAAUGUCUGUAUGUAAUAAUGUUCUUUCCUACCUGGAGUUUUCUUUUGUUUCAUUUGCACAUUUAACAUGAAAACCAAGCAUAUUUAGGCUGAGUUCUUAUCUCAAACAAAAAACACUCAUGUCAUGUGCAAACUCCAAUGUGUUUUCUAACUCCACAUUCACUAUAAGCAUUUGGAUGAUUUUAGCUCUGGAACUGGCCAUCUCUACUGAACUAAAGGUCAAAGAUAGCUCUUCACUUGAAAACUACCACUACAUGACAAAACAAGGUGGAGCAGAGCAUUUUGAGCUUUGGAAAUAGAGAGACUA